AUGUUAUUUACAAACAGUCGAACAAGAAAUGCUGCUGCUUCUGUUCAAUGUUCAGGACAGUCAAAUAUUCCACAACAACCACAAAUAUCUGUUAAUUAUUUUUAUAAUCGAACUGAAGCAGCUGUUCCACUUAUGCAACUACCACAAACUCUAUCUACUUACCAUCCUGCUAAUACGCCAGGUCUCAUUCAAGUAGCUACAACUUUUAGUCAACCUCAAAAUAUACUGAUUCCAUCAGCUGGAUCAACAGGAGGACCAGCUACUCCAGAUCGGUCUUCAUUUCAUUAUACAGAAGUUUAUCCAGAUCCACGUACGUACGAUUCGCAUUCAUCAGCAACCAUUAAUUCAUCAAGUGUUUAUCCUAAUUGGCAAUCAACUCAACCAAAUCUUUAA